CUAUGGGGAUUCCAAAACGGGCCACCGUGAUCUUCGUGCUUGUUUUCCUGGCAUAUAACAUGCUCGGAGCGGGCAUUUUUAUGACGCUGGAGUACGAGGGAGAAGAACAACUGAGAGACGACGUUUUCAACAUGGGAGAAGCCUUGGAUGACCUUGUCUGCACCGCGUUAGGCUACGGGGCCGACUGUGCCGACAAACCGGCUUUCACCAACGCUACAAACACCUCGCUCGCGCUUCAGAGGGCCGAAGACGCUUUCAAAGAACGGAUCCAAGCCCUGGCCAACUCGAGCACAGCAUGGAGCGAAAAGGACAUCCCAGGAAUCAUUAUGACUGAAAGAGAACUCCGCACGCUGGUGUGUCGCGUCAUCAACAUCACAGAAAGGGCGGUGAGGCAUGGACUGGACCCGCGGAGCACGAGAGACAGCAGCUCGCCGCGCGACUGGGGCACGUUAGCGGGGACCAUGUACUUCUGCAUGACCGUCCUGACGACCAUCGGAUACGGACAUAUCUCUCCGUCAAGUGAAGCUGGAAGGAUGGUCUGUAUCAUCUACGGAUUCUUCGGCGUGCCCCUGACGAUCGCGUUCCUGUCUCUCCUCGGCGAGGGGAUGAGGGAGAUACAGGAGCGGGCGACGGUGACGGCUCUGCGGCGAGUGGGUCGCUUGGGCCCCGACGCCAUGCGGAGGGCCAUCGGUGGACUGUUUCUCGUGCUCGGUACCACAUUGUUCGUGUUCGUACCGGCUGCUGUGUUUAGUGUUAACGAGGGUUGGUCCUACGUGGAGUCCCUGUACUACACGUUUGUAACGCUAAGUACAAUCGGAUUCGGUGAUUAUUUGGCAGGAAGAAAGAGGGGGGUUGAGUACAGCAUUGCCUACCAGGCCUUCAAGGGUUUUUGGUUGUACAGUGGUCUAGCGUUUGUAGCUGGCUUGUUCUUGACCAUGACACAGGGGGUUAAUCAAGCUAGGGUAAGAAUGGAGCAGCAAAUAGAUGUACCGCGUGUGAAGGGGCUCGCUGGUAAGAUGGGCGGGAGUAAGGUAGGUGCUCUGACGGACACCACAGCGCUGCCUUCUGUGGGGUGACCGAAACGGUACGAUCACAUUUCGCCGUAGCUCGUUGCACGACUUUUUUGUCCAGACUAUGUAUAUGCAUGUUGUACAAAAUGACUAAAAAACUGGUGGACGUACCGACUACUAAGUACCUAAUACCAGCACAGAAAAGAAACAAGAAAUA